AUAGCAACAUAACAAAUCCUUUAAAAGUCUAAUUUUCAUUGGUAGGGCUCAUUUGGGAUGAUUUUAAAAGAACUUGCACAAUACAACAAUCAAUCCCUCAUGUAAUAACGUUUUAAGCGAAUGAUUUGAUUUGAAUGAUAUGUAGCAAACAAUUGUUUCGAGUAUGCCGCUUCUGUUAGUGUUUGUCAGGUAAAGAAAUACAAGGAUCCCGUUAUAAAGAUGGCAGGCAAUGGGUCAGAGAAAUCUAAAGACUUCCUGAAUAGACUAGCGGAGUUAAAAAAGAGAUCAUAUGAAGUAAAAUUUGACCUUGAUGGAAGUGAUUAUACUGCUGUUGAAAAUAUUGGUAUUGGGGCAUAUGGAGUCGUUUGCUCUGCCAUUCAUAAAAAAUCCCAGGAUCGUGUUGCUAUUAAAAAAAUCCAUAAAGCAUUUGAAUUUGAAAAAAUUGCUACAAGAACAUACAGAGAAAUAAAGAUAUUAAAACAUUUUAAACAUGAUAAUAUUAUUUCAAUUCGAGAUAUUCUUAAACCUAAAGGUUCUGUGACAGAAUUUAUGGAUAUUUAUAUUGUGUUAGACUUAAUGGAAAGUGAUCUGCAUAGAAUAAUUUAUUCUAAACAAGAAUUAACAGAAGAACAUGUCCGUUACUUUUUAUAUCAGUUGUUACGAGGAUUAAAAUAUAUUCAUUCUGCAAAAGUUAUACAUAGGGACUUAAAACCCAGUAAUUUAUUGGUAAAUGAAGACUGUCAAUUGAAGAUUGGAGAUUUUGGAAUGGCCAGAGGUUUAUUGUCGAACCCAGAAGAACCUAACCAUUACAUGACACAGUAUGUGGCUACUCGAUGGUACCGAGCACCAGAGAUCAUGUUGUCCAUGGUGGAGUAUUCAUCGGGAGUAGAUAUGUGGUCUGUUGGGUGUAUAUUUGCAGAAAUGCUGGGAAGGAAACAUCUUUUCCCAGGAAAAGAUUAUAUACAGCAGAUAAGAUAUAUUAUUGGUGUAUUAGGAUCCCCAUCGCAAGCCGUCAUGGAUUUAUGUAACUCAGAUCUAAUCAAAAACUUUGUAAAGCAACUUGGUAAAAGAGAAGGAAUUGCAUGGACAACUCUGUUUCCAAAAGCAAGUCGUAAAGCAAUAAACUUACUGAGUCGUAUAUUAGUGCUGCACCCUGGUGAGAGAAUUACUGUGGAGGAGGCUUUAAAACAUCAUUAUUUGUCAAAAUACCAUGACCCUGAUGAUGAACCUGUAUGUGUUCCAGCAUUUAACUUUGAUUUUGAAAAUCAGCAAUUAAAUUUAGAACAGUUAAGAGAUAUGAUUUAUACAGAGAGUAUGGAAUACCACCAGCCUAAAACAUUCAAUGCAUUUCUUCGUCCAGCCCCAAAGGAACCUUCUGUAUCCAAGGCGACGGUUACCACAGAACAGGUUGUACCUGAAUCAAGCAAGGUCAAAGUUGAAGUAGGCAAUCUAGUACCAAGGUCAUUAGCUGAUGUAGAAAUGCAUAGUGCAAAAGUUGAAAACUCCAAGAAGGAAACUAUUCAUACAGUUGAUUUACAGAAAGUGAAAGAAGCUACAAAACCUGAGGUCAAGGGUCAAGAAGGUCAUACUGUUUCCUCCAACACAAAAGAAUUAAUAAAAGCAGCCUUGAUGAAUGCUAAUCUGCGAAAACAAAGACAAGAAUCUUUAAAUGAAGAGAACAACAAAAACAAGCCAAUUACAGCUGCUCAAAGACAAAGAGAAAGAGAAGAAAAAAGGAGAAAGAAGAAAGAGAAAUCAUUGGAAAAAAUGAAGAAGAAAAAAGGCCCCAAAGGAAUUGAAAAAGUACAUUCAUUGUUGACAAAUGAAGACAAGGAAAUGUUAGAGAGAUGGGCAAAGAUGCAAAAAAAUGUCCAACAGAUUGCACCAAAACCAGACCCAACUCAGAGCCAAAACAGAAACGAACAAACUAUAACAAUUAUUAACAUCCAACAGCAGGUUAUCACAAUACCAAAACAAACUGAGCCUAGUAACCAAGGGCAACAGACUACUGAUGCAACAUCUGUUGGACUGAAAUCUUUCUCCCAGCAUGCAUUUGGUAUUCAAAACCUAUCUGGUCAGAGAGGUUCUUUACCAGUUCAAUCUGACUUAAAUGAAAGUGAUAAAGUUCAAAUUCCACCGGAAAGGCGUGAAAGUGACUCGUGUGUUUAUCAAAUACAUAGACAGGAAAAUAAGCAGAAUUUGUUGUCUAAUUUACAGCAGAAAAAUGUGUCUGAAUCUACAAAGAAAAAUGAGAAUGUUCCAGGAUUUUCCACAAUAAACAUGCAAGAUUUGAAAUCACUAGGGAUUACAAACAUGCCAUUGCAGGAACCAACUUCAUUUGCAAAUAUUGAUGGGUCUUCAGAUAAACUUCAUACGAGUAGUUCUAGUGAAACAUUAGAGAAUCCUGGUCAUAAUUUUACUAACAGGAGAUCCCCUUAUUCACAAGGAUCCCCUUCUAAGGACUAUAGUAAUAAUGGGUCUCCAGAAAGUUACACGUCUCAGGGCUCGCCAGAGAAUUUCCUAAAUACCUCGGACAGUAGUGAACACAGUCAGACAAAUUUACAUGCUACGAAUGUUUCUAAUAAUACGCAACCAACAGGAAUGCAAAAUUUUCAGAAUUAUAAUCAGAAUGCUCAAUUCACUAGUCAGAGUAAUGAUAUAAGCUCAACUGCUCUCAGUCAAGGAAAUUUGAGUACCAAUUUUUCUAAUCAAAUGACAUCUCAGGGACAAAUGUCUAAUCAAACACCAGCACAUGAACAACUGCGUAACCAUGGUAACACUUCACAAAAUUAUUCUAGUCAACAAACAAGUGAAGCUUUCACAAAUCAACCGUCAAGAGAGAUUCAACCAAGUUUUUUCAGCUCAUCGUAUACCGACUCAUUCUUAGGAGGCCAGUCCUUCCAAGAUACUGGAAGUUUUCAGCCUUAUGAAAGCCAACAUAGUCAUCAGAAUAAACUAUCAAGACGUUCAUCAUCUAACCAAGAAUUUUCUGAUUUUACAUCGUGUCAGUAUGAUGGAUCAAUGUUAAAUCAGUUUGCCCAGUCUUUUGAAGAAACAACUAAUAUUCCACAACAACAAAACUUUCAAAAUUAUGACCAAGUCAAUAAUACAAAAUUAAAUGAUGGAUCUUUUUCAGGGAUCAGUUCAGGUUUUAUGAAUCAUAAUCAAAGUUUCCAACAGGAUUUCGGUCUACCAUCAUCUUUUACAACACAACCAGGAUUUAUACCAAGUUCAUCCACCAGCAUACCCUUUCAAGGUUAUGCAUCAAACCAGCCGUCCACAGUUACCCAGCCAUUACCUUCAAGUCAGCUUCCUGUUGGAGAUAGAACGAUUCCAUCCAAACAGCCAGCUCUACAAAUCAAUACAAAUAUGCCACCUGAUCUCAUUUCCGUCUUAUCAAAACAGUUCUCCAAAUCCCAAGUAGAGGAUCCAUGUCCGCCAGUUUUAGCCUUGACCCCUAGAGGUACUGGGGCAGGUUAUGGAUUAGGAAUGGGAAUGGAUUUAGAUUCACUAAUUAUGGAUUCACAAGACACUGAAUUAGGCAGAGCCGAGCCUUCACCAUUGUCAUCAUCUUUGUUAACAGAUUGGAUGGAUGUCACAGGAGAUCUAAAUAUCGACAUGGAUGCAUUAGAACAAGAACUUAGUUUACAGUCGCCCAUGACAUUGUCUUACAGUGAUCUCUCUAUGUACCCGUCAUGAUAUAGUUCUAUAAAUAGACGUGGAUGUGUUAGAACAAGAACCUAGUUUACAGUCGCCCAUGACAUUGUCUUAAAGUGAUCUCUCUAUGUACCUGUCAUGAUAUAGUUCUAUAAAUAGAUGUGGACUUUAGAGUAGAAACAGUAUUGUACUUAUUGAUAAGGUUUAUGUUUUAAAAGGGGGGUAUUAUAACAAACGAGGGGCAGUUAAUAAAAAAAUCAGUUAUAUCAAGGAUUUGUGUCACUAUACAAAUCCUUGGUUAUAUGUCUCAGAAAAGAAAAAGGUAUAUCAUUUUGUAAAUUGGUAUUUCACAUGUUUCAUAAAUAAGAUGUGAGGGACAGUAAAACAAAAAAACAAAAAAAAACACAAGUUAUCUUUCUCAGAAUGUAAAAAUGUAAAUUGAAACUUUGUAAAUAAGAUAAGUUUAAAAAUAAUUCUGCUGCUGCAUCAGAAAUUAAGAAAUCUCUGACACACUAAUGUUCAAAUUGAUAACCAUGAUAACCAUGAUAACCAUGAUAACUACUAACUAGACAAUCCGUAUGUAACAUAAACAAGAUUGCUGUAAAAUUGAGGAGAAAAAAUGUUUUUGAGGUUGCUUGUUAGUAGUAAAGACUUUAAGAUACUACAUGGGUUAUCAGAUUUGGGAAGUCAAAGAAAACCACAUGGCAAAAAGAAUUAAUAGGACAACAAUCCACAAAACAUUAAGUCUUAAUUUUAUGACAUCAGUGGAAAGUGAUAUGCCUUGAUUUAUUUAUUGUCAUGAUUGUGCAACAUGUACUUAGAAUUAUAAGGAAUACCGUCUUAAUAUUUGUUCAUGUUAAACUAUAGAAUUCUAUCAUCUUUUAAUCAAGUAAAGUGAUCCUUUUAUAUUCAGUUUUAAUUAUGAAGUGAUUUGAAAAUUGUAACUAGUUUUGCCUACUAGAUAAUAAUGCCACUGAUUGAAGUACAAAAAUGUAGCUUCUAUGUUAUGGAUUAGAAAACCUCAUUUCAAUGUUAAUGCUUUUUGUGGAUGAAAUGCAUGUCUGGCAUACAAAAUUUCAAUCCUUGUGUCUAUGAUGAGUUUAUUUAAAAAAAUGUUUAUUUAAGAUGUAAAGAUUGUCCAAAAUGAUGGUCCAAAUAAAUAAAGAGUAGAGAAAAAUAGGCCAAAAUAAUAAAGAAUAGAGAAUAAUGGGUAAGAAAUAUAAAAAAAGAGAAAAAUGGCUUAAAAAAUUAAAGAAAACAGAAUUGAGGGACCCCCCUAUCCAGACCCUCUGAUAAGACAUUAGUCUGUCAGACAUCAGUAAGUGUAUUUUUGAAUUUUGUCUUACAUGUUUGCAUCAGGGUAGAGGCUCUGGCAUCAGGGCUUCAAACAUCUUUAAUUAAAUACAAAACUGCUGCUACUGUCAAAAUAGCCUCAUUUAGAUAUCUUGUCAUGAAAAAAUUUUGAUAUAAAGAAAGACUUUACCCAAAAACAUAUUUUGCUACAUGAUGUAUUUUACAAAGAUGUUAAUAACAAUGUGUAAAGUUUCUUUUUGGUUAAAGUUUGGGCUCAUAUCCAUUUUGUGGAAAACUAUGUGUAAAAAUGUCAUUUAAUGUUAACUAUGUCAAUUUGACAUGUUUAUGACCUUUCUGCUCUAAAGGGUCAAGAUCAUAUUAACCUGUUCAUUUAUAAUGUGUUUAUCAAUAGAAUAAACAUAAUUUUGAAAGUUUUGUAUAUUUUUAUAAUUUUUGCAAUUUUAGUGGCCAAAUAAUGGCUGCUAUUAUACCUCUUCCUUGAGAAACAUGCUACAGAAUGAGCAUCCCUCGCCUUUUGAUUUUGAUUGUAAUAUUAAAUGACAAUUUAUACAGGAAUAUCUUAAAUUAUUUUGCAACAAUUUCUAUUUAAAAAAAUUAGCAAUAAUGAAUUGCACACUGUAAGACAUUAAAUUCUUAAUACUCUUGAUUCCAACCAUUUUCAUUCUAUCAAAUUACUUGUAUCUAGUAAAAGAAGACCUUAUUUUAAGUCAUUAGUGCACUUGGUAGACUUGAAAUUCACGUGCAUUGAGCAAAAGGAUGAAUAUCUUAAAUGGAAUAAAAUGAAAUUGAUUAAUUGAUUGAUUGGUGUUUUAUGCCACUAUCAGCACUUUUGGCUAUUUAGUGGCGGUCAGUUUUUAUUAGUGGAGGAACCACCAAGCUUUGGUGGUUCUCUCUGCCAAAUGAGAUAUCUGGUAAUGUAAAAUUAUAUGAAUUAAAGAGUAUUAACAAUUUAUGUACUGCAGCCCUUAAAUUGUGUAAACUUCAAAAAAGUGUGUGUAGUGUUAUGGUGAAUGGUGUAUGAUGAAGUGAAGAAUGGUGAAUUGUGUAACACAGAAUGUUGUAUGGUGUAUUGGGUUUACACCUUUGUUAUAAGUACUAUAGGUUUUUUAAUUAAAAAAAAUAUUGAAAUUUUCACUUUCCCUGUAUAUAAAUUGAUGCAUUGGUAAUUUGAAGAGUGCAAUAUCAUGCAUGAUUCGAUUGGGGAAGGUGAAUGGUGUAUGGUGAAUUCGGGAGUGGUGUGUUGUGUAGUGGUGAAUGGUGUAAGUUGGAAGUUAACACAAAUCAAGCACUGUACUUUGAGACAUAUCUUAAGACAUGACAUCUGUGAUAAAAGUAAUAAAACGAGUGCAGGUUACUUAAUAGUGGUUGCAGCAUUGUUCUAAGAAAUUAUUUAUUUAAUUAUAGAUAUAUUUGUUUCUUUUUUCUGUUUACAGUAUGAACAAAAUAAAGAUGUAAACACUUA